CCUCGAAUAGCAACCUUGGAUGCUACACAUGGACACGUGCGAUCAGCAUCAUGCAUCACUCAAUUUCAUGCAACCAAGCUACCUGCCUUGGAAGUACAGGGCUACCUAAGGAGGUACCAUGGCAAGGGCGCCUUAUGCGAGGCCACCAUCCCACGUUGCUUCUUGCCUCAAACUUUGGGCAGGUGUCAUACGCCAUCGCCCAACGUCGCGGGGAUCAAAAGCAGCCUGCCUCCCGUCUCUCCAACUCCUUCAUUCUACAUCCUCAUCCUUCAAGUCCACACCAAAUCAUAGCUACAUACCAUCACAUUGAACCCUCAAUACCAGACUCUCACGCAACACCUACGAAUUCUCAUCAUGGCCUGUCGUCAUUUUAUCGUCCCCCCGCAUCUCCUCCGCGGCAUUGCCGAGAGCAAGGUCAACCCUGAUCACAUUCGCAAGGCCGCUUUGGAGUCUCUCGGUGCCCGUGAGAAACUCACCAAGGUCCGAUGCGAUCGCUUCGCCGCCCUGGCCACUCCCCGUGGCUAUCAGCGCUCUGGCGAAGGGCCUUCCGGCGUCCAGCGACAGCAAAUCGUCCCUCCGGAUAUGCUCCGAAACAUCUCCGAAUCCGAGCAAGUCGAUGAACCCGCGCGCGUCCGCGCCAAGCGAGAUCUCGAGCACCUCGAAGGUCUCAUGAGUCAGAAGCAGGCCCAAUCGUCCACCCAGCAAACCCUAAGUGCGAGCAAGGACUCGAAGAAAGAAUCACCUCAUCGGGCCAUUUAUGACGCCAAGAACACAUCGGACGAGACAGAGCUUCCUGGAAAGUUGAUCCGCAGUGAAGGCGAAGACAAGGUCAAGGACAAAGCCGUCAACGAUGCCUACGAAAACGUCGGCACCGUCUUGGAGUUCUACAAGAAGCACUUCAAGUGGAAUUCCAUUGACAACAAGAACAUGGACGUCAUAAGCAGCGUUCAUUUCGGUGAAGCCUACGAAAACGCUUUCUGGGAUCCUGAGAGACUUCAAAUGGUCUUCGGUGACGGUGGCGACUUUCUCAACAACUUCACUGGUUGCAUUGACGUCAUCGGACACGAGCUCACACAUGCCGUCACUGAGCACACUAGCCCUCUCGACUAUUCGGGUCAGCCCGGUGCCUUAAAUGAGCACGUCUCUGAUGUCUUUGGCAUCAUGGUCAAGCAGCAAGUUCAGGACGAAAAGUCCGAUGUGGCUGACUGGCUCAUUGGCGAAGACUGUAUCUUGCCUGGAGUCAAAGGAGUUGCGCUGCGAAGCAUGAAGGCCCCCGGAACCGCCUACGACGACCCUCGAUUUGGCAAAGAUCCACAGCCAGCUCACAUGAAGGACUACAAGGCCAUGGUCGAUGACAACGGAGGUGUGCACAUUUAUUCUGGAAUCCCGAACAGAGCCUUCUAUCUUGCAUCGGUGGCUUUUGGUGGUUACUCGUGGGAGAAGGCUGGCCAGAUCUGGUGGAAGUCUAUGAAUUCGGGGAAGAUUGCGGCUAGGAGCCAAUUCAGGCAGUUUGCGGACGUCACUGUCGAGACUGCCGAGGAGGAGUUUGGCGAAGACGCCGCCAAGAUCGUCCGAAAGGCCUGGACCGACGUCGGAGUUACUCGCAGCAUUUAGGAUUCAAGCGCAGACUCCUGGUGCAAUGUCCUUUGAUUGGUCUUCAGUCCUGGGCACAUUCACGAUCCCUUGGAAGUGUUAGUACGAAUACAAAACCUAAGUCAUCAGUUUACAAUAGAGCUUGAUGAUUGCUCUUCUUCUCUCUC